AUAAUUUUGUGUGUGGUCGAAUUACAUUUUGAUACUGUGACAUCUACCAGAUCUACUGCCUACUACCAGUGACUACUGGGACAUCCUCCAGCUACUAAAAUGAGCCAACAAGACAAAAUGUACGGAUCUAGGUAUCUUGAGAAUCCCUCAGACGUCUUCGAGCAUAAUGCAUGGGACGAUGUGGAAUGGUCAGAGGACUUGCAGCGCGAAGCAGCAGCUAAAGUGGCCAAGAACUCGCAAGCCCCGCUGGAUGACGACAAAAAACGUGAGUAUGAAGAAGAUGCUGAUAAAAUGUGGGACAAGUUUUACGGCAUCCACCAAAACAGAUUCUUCAAGGAUCGCCAGUGGCUGUUCAAGGAGUUCCCUGAGCUGAUUGGUGGCGAUAUGCCCGUAGUGCCUGCUCAGGAAAGCAGGCAUGGCAAUGAACAGGCUGCUACCUGUACUGUUGGUGAGGCUUCCUGUGAUGCCAGUACGUUGGACUCCCCGGCCUCUCUCGGCACUGCUACUGCUAAUGAUGCCGAUGAUGCUGCUGCUGCUGCUGCUGCUGCUAAUGAUGCUACUGCCACUACUGCUAGUACUACAUCUACUGCUACUGCUUCUGGUGAUAGAAGACAAGAAGUAGCGCCAGGUGCAAGACAACAUAGAGUUCUUGAGGUCGGUUGUGGAGUUGGCAACACAGUCUUCCCUCUGCUGCGCAGCAAUAACGAUCCUAAUCUAUUUGUCUACUGCUGUGACUUCUCAUCAACGGCCAUUGACAUAGUCAAGGCUCAGUCAGAGUAUGACACUGCACGCUGCCAUGCGUUUGUGUGUGAUAUCAGUGAUGAGGAUGCUCAUUACCCAAUGGACGAUGGCACACUGGAUGUCAUCACUGUCAUAUUUGUACUCUCCGCUCUACAGCCUUGCAAAAUGUCAGGUGCUAUAAAACGACUUUCAAAGUUGCUGAAACCCGGUGGACUCCUCCUGUUCAGGGACUAUGGCCAUUAUGAUCUGGCCCAGCUACGCUUUAAGCCAGGGCAUUGUCUGGGCGAGAACUUCUAUGUACGUGGAGAUGGCACUCGGUGCUACUUCUUCAAGCAAGAGGAGCUCCAUGACUUAUUCGUCAGCGCUGGUCUGGAGCGAGUUCAGAAUGCUGUUGAUCGCCGCCUCCAAGUCAAUCGAGGCCGACAACUCACCAUGUACCGUGUCUGGAUACAGUGCAAGUAUCGGAAACUUCAACAGGCGAAUGAAGCCGCAGCUAAUUGAACAUCCUUUCCAGGAUAAUAGAAGUACGGGGGUCUGAUUGCUCUUGCGAAGUAGUGCCCUUGUCAUAAUUUGAGCUUCUAGUUUCACCUGGACAUCGCCUUCGUAGAUUUCCAUGGACAGUUCUCAUGCAGCAUUAUUAUUGGAUUUCAAUCAAACGAUGGAGCAGUGUUUCAAAUUUUGCUCAGGAGUCUGUCUCGAUAUCUACGAUAUUUUAGGCUACCUAACCCAAUGGAGCGUUGUCCGAAUGCGGUCUAUCCCUUGUUCAUCAAUCAGAUAUAGAGAUCAUCUGGCACGCUGUCAUCAAUUCCAGCUAUGAGUAUGAUCUGCACUCUGUGGCUUGUGCAUCAUGAUUGUCAUGGUCGCCUGAUUAUACUGGCGUUUGUUACGACAGGAAUAUGCAGCAGCCUGCUGUGGCAGAGCUCCCAUUACACUGACUUGAUGUAGCUUGAAACAUGCGACUGCUUCAGCAGGAUUGGUUGCCGCCGUGACCAAUGGCCAGAACCAGUGGUCAAGGGAAUGUAGCGCUGUGCAGAGUGAAAUCCCAUCUCAUGAAUACAUGUUAGGUUAAAAAAUUAUUGUAAUUCGGAUAUGGAUAACCCACAAACCCAACAAAUGCAAAUAAAAUAUCCAUCUUGACUUCUGUA